GCCUGGAUCGGGCCUGUGGGAGGGCUCCACUCAAGUGACCACAGGCAGCCCUGAGCUCAGCUCCUGGCGCCUGGCUGGAAGGUGGCUGUCCUGCUUCCUGUGACCUUGGGAGUGGAAAGACGGGCCCAGGGGCCUAGGGCACGAUCUCCCUUCCCCAAGCCUCCUUCCCUCGCUCCUCCACCCUUCUUGCUUCUACCCCGCCCCCACCGCCCUAAAAGGCUUCCUGGGCCGGAACUGUUUGGUUUUCCCUCUUCCAGUUGGUGGGGGGUCGGGCCCCAGGGCUUUGGGGGACAUGGAGCCCAGGAGGGCGGCGCCUGAGGCGCCCAGCUGGGGCCCUCGAGGGGCCGCGGGGCCGGGGACGGUGGCGGAGCUUGUGUACCACCUAGCCGGGGCCCUGGGCACUGAGCUGCAGGAGCUGGCGCGCCGUUUCGGGCCGGAGGCGGCGGCCGGGCUGGUGCCGCUAGUGGUGCGCGCGCUGGAGCUCCUGGAACAGGCUGCCGUGGGGCCCGCCCCGGACUCGCUGCAGGUGUCGGCGCUGCUGGCCCAGCGGGAGCUGCGGCGACUGCGGGAGGAGAACGAGCGCCUCCGCUGGGAGCUAAGCGCCGGGCCGCAGGAGGAGCGCGAGCUGCUCCGGCAGCUCAAGGAGGUGACGGACCGACAGCGGGACGAACUGCGGGCUCACAGCCGCGACCUGCGGCAGCGCGGCCAGGAGACCGAGGCGGUGAGCACGGGGCGGGGCGGGGCGGGGCGGGGCGGGGCCCCGGGCACCGCGGCGCCCUGCCUACCCCACCCUUUGCUCCGCCCCCAGUUGCAGGAGCAGUUGCAGCGCCUCCUGCUGGUGAACGCCGAGCUGCGGCAGAAGCUGGCGGCUGUGCAGACCCAGCUGCGUGCCGCGCAAGACCGCGAGACGGAGCGCCAGCAGCCUGGAGGAGGCGCGGCCCCGCCGGCUGAAGAGCGAGCGCGGGGCCAGGCCGGCGGGCCGGGGCACCAGCAGGGGCAGGAGCCCGAACCGGCGACCCCUGAGGACCCGGCAGAGGCCGCGCAGCCGCCAGGGCGCCCCCGGGAGGCAGGGCAAUGCCGCUUCAGCCGGGAGGAGUUUGAGCAGAUCCUUCAGGAGCGCAAUGAACUCAAAGCCACAGCGUUCCUGCUCAAGGAGGAGCUGGCCUACUUCCAGCGGGAGCUGCUCACCGACCACCGGGUCCCUGGCCUUCUGCUGGAAGCCAUGAAGGUGGCUGUCAGGAAGCAGCGGAAGAAGAUCAAGGCCAAGAUGUUAGGGACGCCAGAGGAAGCAGAGAGCAGUGACGAUGAGGAUGGCUCCUGGCUCCUGCUCGCUGAUGAUAAGGAUGACCAUCCCCCACCCCCAGAGUCCAAAAUACGGAGUUUCUUUGGCCUGUGGUAUCGCGGGAAAGCCGAAUCCCCAGAGGAUGAGACCCACAGCCCUGCUCCCGGCAAGCCAGGGGGAGAAGAGGAGACCCAACCACAGUCUCCAGCUCCUGAGCUGCCCCAUCCUGCCCGCCAGGAACAUCUCUGUCUGGGGGCCUCAGCCGCCCCAGAGGCCUGACUUGGGGACCUGGCUGUGGCUGGAUGUGCGACCUCAUGAGGACAGGGCUCCCUCCUUCAUGGCCUCCCAGGCGUCUUCCCCAGUUCUGGCCUGCACCAGGGCAGCACGGGGGUUCAGCCCACCUCCCUCUCUACGACUCUGUACCAGACCCCUGGGGCCAGAUAUCAGAGCGCCUCUCUGAGUCUCAGUUUCCCCAUCCACGAAAUGAGAGCUGGCUCCCCGGGCUUUGUGCGGACGGCCUGAGCUCUUGUAAUAAAGAACUGCCCGGAACUCCCAGAAA